AUGGCAUCUCCUGUAAAGGUGCAACCUCACAAGCCUCUUAAGCAAAAUGCUCAAGCCUUGGAUCAAAUUUCUACAAAUUUUGUUGCAGUCAAGGUGGCCGCAUCUUGCAUUCUCAUUCUAUUCUUCUUGUCUCAUCAAUCAUUUGCAGAUGUGCCACCUCCCGAUGUGCCACCUCCCGUGGCCGUGGGUAGUCCUGUGAGUAGUCCCGUGGCACCUAUCUCCAGCUCCAAUGCCUGUAGACACACUCCAGACCCUUCUUUCUGCAAAUCUGUUCUUCCCAACAACAAUUCCUCCGCCAAUGUAUAUGAUUACGGCCGCUAUUCUGUCCGGAAGUCCUUGUCUGCUGCUCGCAAGUUCCUGUCCUUGAUCGAAAAGUAUCUUCGCCAUUCGAAAGAUUUAACCAUCACUGCGGUCCGUGCGCUCCAGGAUUGCCAGUUCUUGGCUGAAUGUAACAUGGAUUUUCUUUUAGAUUCCUUCAAAGUUGUGAAUGGAACGUCUAAAAUCCUCCCUACAUUGGAAGCUGAAGAUGUGCAGACUUUGCUGAGUGCCAUUUUAACCAACACCCAGACUUGUUUGGACGGCCUCCAGGCAACUGCUUCCACAUGGAGCGUCAGGAAUGGCCUAAUUGCCCCGCUUGCCAAUGACACAAGGCUCUUCAGUGUUUCCCUCGCUCUCUUUACAGCAUGGGUUCCUAAGAAGAGAAAGAUUCCUUCACAUCCCACCAGAAAGCAGCUCCCCGUUGGUAAUGGCACCUUGCCAUUGAAAAUGUCGGAGCAACACCGGGCAGUUUUCGAGUCAGUGAGCAGGAGAAAUCUUCGGCAGACAACAGAUGAUGGUGAAGAUCAAGUUAUGAUCAAUGAUAUCGUGAUUGUGAGCCAGGACGGUAGCGGGAAUUUUACCACCAUCAAUGAUGCUGUGGCUGUAGCACCAAACAAUACUGACGGAAGCACCGGCUACUUUUUGAUUUAUAUCACCGCCGGUGUAUAUGCGGAGUAUGUCACCAUUUCCAAAAACCAGAAAUAUGUGAUGAUGAUUGGAGAUGGCAUUAACCGGACUAUCAUCACCGGAAACCAUAGCUUCGUUGACGGGUGGACUACUUUCAAUUCUUCAACUUUUGCUGUGGUCGGACAAGGAUUUGUCGCGGUCAACCUAACUUUCCGCAACACAGCAGGGGCAAUCAAGCACCAGGCGGUAGCAGUGAGAAAUGGUGCAGAUUUGUCUACGUUCUAUAGUUGCAGCUUCGAAGGAUAUCAAGAUACAUUGUACGCACAUUCUCUCAGGCAAUUCUAUAGAGAAUGUGAUAUUUAUGGUACUGUGGACUUCAUAUUUGGUAAUGCAGCAGCUGUGUUUCAAAACUGCAAUAUGUAUCCGCGACUGCCACUGAACUUUCAGUUCAAUGUAAUUACCGCACAAGGCAGGACUGAUCCAAACCAGAACACUGGAAUUUCUAUCCAAAAUUGUACUGUUAGAGCCGCUGAUGAUCUGGCUUCAAGCAACAGUAGUGUCCAGACAUAUUUGGGGAGGCCAUGGAAGCAGUACUCAAGGACCGUUUAUAUGUAUUCUUUCCUAGAUAGUAUCAUAGAUCCAUUAGGUUGGCAUGAAUGGAUUGGAGAUUUUGCGCUCAACACCUCAUACUAUGCUGAGUUUAGCAAUACAGGACCUGGAUCAAAUAAAAGUGGCAGAGUGACUUGGCCUGGUUUCUACAUCAUCAAUGCUACAGAUGCUGCGAAUUUUACGGUAUCAAACUUCCUGCUUGGAGAUGGUUGGGUAUGGCAGACCGGUGUUCCAUACACCAGUGGCUUGCUAUCUUAAGUUCAAUUUUUUUUCUUCCGUUC